UAAACAGUGCAUGGCGACCCUUCCUUCGAGCACGUGAGAUGGGUAUCGUGGAGAGAAAGCAGAGAGUCUUUUAUAAAAAGACCAAGAGAGGAAAUAUUAUCAAGGUUGUGAGAGAACACUACCUUAGAGAUGAUGUUUGGUGUGGCCUUGAUGGAUGUGGCAUAUGUGAAGGCGAUUGCCGGCCUUUGGAUAGUUUAAGUACCAGUGAUAGCUCUUUGGUGCAAACUCCACAUCACAUUAUCAUAGAUACCAAUGUUGCACUCCAUCAGAUUGACGUUUUGUGUCAUGAUGACAUAAAAAAUGUUAUCAUCCCGCAAACAGUGCUUCAGGAAGUGCGACACAGAUCCUUGCCAGUGUACAAGAAACUGCGGGAUCUGAUUGAUGAAUCUAACAAGAAAUUUUUUGUCUUUUCAAAUGAACAUCAUGGCGAGUGUUACAUCGAGCGUGGUGAAAAGGAGUCGGCAAAUGAUAGAAAUGACCGUGCAAUCCGAAUCGCGGCCUGGUGGUACAAGCAGCACUUUCGCUCGACCAACCAGAACAUUAUACUCAUCACCAACGACAUGGCGAACCGUGAUAAAACAAGGGAGAUGGACGUGGAGUCAUAUACAAUGUUUGAGUAUGUCUCCAGCCUCCAGAGUUCACCCGGGUUGUUAGACUUGGUGGCCAAUAUCGAGGAGGAGAAUGAGGAGGAAGAGGGUAUGAAGAAGUACCUCUACAGUCCACACAUGAGUAUGGAGCAGAUGCGGCUAGAGAUUAAGGGUGGCCGUCUGCGUCAAGGUGUGCUUAAGACAUCGCGGCACAACUACCUGGAAGCCAAUGUGAUGGUGGAAGGCUUAGAAAAGUCUGUCCUGAUUCAAGGACGGCAUAACAUAAAUCGAGCUCUCCAUGAUGAUACUGUUGCUAUCAAGUUGUUUCCCAAAGAGCAGUGGUCUGCUCCAUCAAAUGUUGUCAUUGACCAAGAGAAGCAGGAGGAGGAGAAGAACGUUAACAAUGACGAUGAGAAAGCAGAAGAAGCCAGUCUUAAGCAGGAGCAGGCUCUCUUGGCAUCAGGCAAAGGGGAUGGUGAACGGCAGCCAACUGGAUGUGUGGUGGGAGUCAUCAGGCGCAAAUGGCGGCAGUAUUGUGGCAUUUUGAAGAAAAGUGACUUUGCAGAAUCCACACGCCACUUGUUCAUCCCAGCAGAUAAGAAGAUUCCCUUCAUCCGCAUUGAAACGAGGCAGGCAGAAAUGCUACAGAACAAAAGGAUUAUUGUAGCCAUAGAUUCUUGGCCAAGAGAUUCCCGUAACCCUAAGGGUCACUUUGUUCGUGUGAUAGGAAUUAUUGGGGAAGCAGAUUCAGAGAACGAGGUCAUCUUACUGGAGCACGACUGUCCACACACCAAAUUCUCAGAGGCAGUUCUCAACUGUCUCCCAAAACUGCCAUGGAUAAUUACAGCAAAAGAUGAACUUGAGCGAGAGGACUUACGACACCUUGACAUCUGUUCUGUUGAUCCUAUAGGUUGCACAGAUAUUGAUGAUGCUUUGCACUGCCGUCAACUCCCCAAUGGAAACUUUGAGGUUGGUGUUCACAUUGCUGAUGUAUCUCAUUUCAUCCGACCACACACUGCAUUGGAUAAGGAGGCUCAGAACCGCAGCACAACUGUGUACUUGACUAACCGUCGUAUUGACAUGGUUCCUGAUCUUUUGAGCAGCAACCUGUGCUCACUUCGAGGCAAUGUUGACAGAUUCGCCUUCUCUGUUCUGUGGGAGAUAACACCCAAAGCUGAGGUUUUAUCAUCAAGAUUCCGGAAAACCAUCAUCCAGUCAAGAGCUGAGAUGAGUUACCAACAGGCCCAGCAGCGGAUUGAUGACCCCAGCAUGACAGACAGCUUAACAAAGUCCCUUAGAAAUUUGAAUAUGCUUGCCAAACAGCUCAAGAGCAAGAGGAUCAGUGAUGGCGCUCUGGUGUUGGCCAGUAUGGAAGUGAAAUUCCACAUUGAUCCAGACACAGACACAGUUGUUGAUAUUGUGGCCAAGCAGCACCUGGAAACCAUGAGCAUGGUGGAGGAGUUCAUGUUGUUAGCUAAUGUGACAUCUGCAGAAACCACACUUAAGCACUUCCCAGACUGUGCUCUGUUACGUCGCCACCCUGCACCACCACAUUCAAAUUUUGAACCCCUUCUGUUAGCAGCAAAGAGUCAGGACAUCGAAUUGGAUGUCUCGUCCAACAAGACCCUCGCCAACAGCCUCGACCACGCCACCCGUGACAGCAACCCAUUCUUUAACAGUAUGCUAAGAAUUAUGACAACGCGCUGCAUGAUGCAAGCUGUGUACUUCUGUUCUGGUACACUAGAACCAGGAGAGUUUUACCAUUAUGGUUUGGCCACACCUACGUACACCCAUUUCACCUCACCCAUCAGAAGAUAUGCUGAUAUUAUAGUGCACAGGCUUCUGGCAGUAAUUAUUGAGGCAGAAAGGACUUAUCCAGAGUUGCUAGAUUCCAAGAAGCUGGCAGAACAGAGUCAGCACAUCAACUACAGACACAAAAUGGCUCAGUAUGCUGGUAGAGAGUCUUCAGUCAUCACAGCAAUAGCAUCACUCAAGGGCAAGGUGUCAGAAUUUGAAUCCUAUGUCUUGUUCCUGCACAAGAAUGCCAUCCAAGUUCUUGUGCCAUCAAUUGGUCAGCAGCUGACACUAUACUUGGACAAGAAGAAGAAGCCAGAGAAGGAUGACAAAAAGAAGGAUGACAAAAAGAAGGGAGACAAAAGAUCCGAAACUAUGGAGGUUGAUGAUGAUGAUCCUGCCCCUGAGUUUGAAUUCAAUGAGCAGGAACUCUACAUCAAGUGUGGGCCAGUAACAAUUCGCCCCUUCGACCAGCUAUUUAUACAAGUUACUGUUGAUUCCUCUGACGUCCAGCAUCAACGUGUGGUGUGCAAGCUAAUAGACCCUGUGAUUCCUGGGUUCUCUGUCUCGUCCACAAAGAAGGAGGAUGAUGUCCCUAGAGUCAAUCUAGUUAAGAAAAGGAAAACGUAGACUUUGUUGAAAUAUCGUAGAUCAAGGAAGCUUACAUUUUCUAUUUUAUUUUCAUUUAUUUAUUCAUUUAAUCAUUUAUUUUUCAUGACAUCAUUGUUUUUUUUUCUCUGUCUUUAUCUCUCAUCUUAUGACAAGUACAAACAUUAUCCGAUAUGUUUUGAAAUGGACUAUUAGAUACGUUUUUUCUUUUUAUAAUGCUUUUCCACUAGAUACACCUUUUAUUAUUAUUAUUAUUAUUAUUAUUAUUAUUAUUAUUAUUAUUAUCAUUAUCAUUAUUUUUUUUUUUAUUAUUAUUGUUAUUAUUAUCAUUAUUAUCUUUUUCCCUCCAUAUGUACAAUGCUGUUAAAAAGGAAGCAUAUAUUUUGUAAGUAAUUCCAAUAGAUCCGUUUUCUAAUAUAAAUUUUUUAACAGA